CGUGCAUCUACUAGGAUCGCGAUUCGCGUGUCGCGCUCAUUUGUUCAAGCUAACUUGAAGUCCUUCCUCCCUCCAUCCUCCCUCGCCAUGGCCUCUGCAGCUGCACCAGCACCCCAGGCAGCGCGCUUAGGCGCGAACACUGCUUUCAAUGACAAGGGCAAACCCAUGGAAGUGCGUUUGUCGAAUAUGGUCGCCGCAAAAGCUAUUAGCGAUGCGGUCAGGACAUCGCUGGGUCCUAGGGGCAUGGACAAGAUGAUCCAAACGCCCAAGGGAGAGCUCAUCAUCACCAACGACGGCGCAACUAUCUUGAAGAGUAUUCAAGCUCUGCACCCUGCGGCAAAAAUGCUCGUAGACCUCUCGGCAGCGCAAGAUGUUGAGGCGGGAGAUGGCACAACGUCUGUUGUGGUCCUUGCGGGAAGUUUCCUCGGCGCUGCAGAGAAGAUGUUGCAGAAGGGCAUGCACCCUACGAUCAUCGCCGAGUCUUUCUUGAAAGCGUCUGCGAAGGCUGUGGAAUACCUGACGGAAAUCUCCACGCCUAUUGACCUGUCAGACAUGUCGUCACUUCUGCGUGCUGCGACCACGUCGUUGAACUCCAAGAUCGUGUCCCAAUACUCGUCUACCCUUGCGCCCAUCGCGGUGCAAGCGGUGACACGUCUGGUCACCCCCACAUCGUCGAACGUUGACCUGAGGGAUAUCCGCAUCGUCAAGAAGGUCGGCGGCACGAUCGAAGAUACGCAGCUGGUUGAUGGCGUUGUACUGAAUCAAAAUGUGAUCAUUGCGGCUGGAGGCCCGACACGGAUAGAGAAAGCGAAGAUCGGCAUCAUCCAAUUCCAGCUCAGUGCUCCCAAACCGGAUAUGGACAACACCGUUGUCAUCAAUGACUACAGGCAAAUGGACAAGGUCAUCAAGGAGGGCCGGCAAUAUCUGCUCAACAUCUGCAAAAAGAUCAAGAAGGCCAACUGCAACGUGCUCCUCAUCCAAAAGUCCAUUCUUCGUGACGCCGUCGACGACACUUCGCUCACCUUCCUCAAGCGGCUCAACAUUCUCGUCGUGAAGGACGUUGAGCGGGACGAGAUCGAGUUCCUCUCCAAGAGCCUCGGGUGCAAGCCCGUCGCAGACAUCGAGGCGUUCACGGAGGAUAAGCUCGGCUACGCGGACGUCGUCGAAGAGACAAACCAUGCCGGCGCAAAGGUCGUGCGCGUGUCGGGCGUCAAGAACCGCGGGCGCACGGUCAGCGUGCUCGCGAUGGGCAGCAACAACCUCGUUCUCGAGGAGUGCGAGCGCAGUCUCCACGAUGCGCUUUGCGUCGUCCGGUGUCUCGUCAAGAAGCGUGCGCUGAUCGCGGGUGGCGGUGCGCCGGAGAUUCACGUCUCGCGAUUGCUCUCGCAGUACGCGCAGUCCCUGAAGGGCAUGGAGGCGUACUGCUUCCAGGCGUAUGCGGACGCGCUCGAGGUCAUUCCGACGACGUUGGCCGAGAACGCUGGCCUGAAUCCCAUCGCCAUCGUUACCGAGCUCAGGAAUAGGCACGCCAUGGGCGAGCGUAACGCGGGCAUUAAUGUCCGCAAGGGCCUCAUCUCGAACAUUUUGGAGGAAGACGUCGUUCAGCCCCUGUUGGUCUCGACGAGCGCUGUGGAGCUUGCGACCGAGACCGUAUGCCUCUUGCUCAAGAUAGACGACUACGUGCAGUCUCGAUGAUCCGAAGAGUAGUAGGAAGUGUAAUGCAUAUCUCAUUGUAAUACAACAAUGCAACCAAGCAUCUUGAUAGCCAAUGACAGACAU